UAUAACAGAAAGAACAGCGUAGGUUAGAGUUUUCACGAGUGACAUUGGCAAAUUUUUGGAAAAACAGAUUAAAAUAUUAUUCUUGUUAAAGUUACAAAUUCUUUUGGUAAAAUAACAGGUUAGAAAUUGUGACGAAACGCGAAACGUCGGGAAAAAACGAUAAAAAGGGAAAGUAAGAACUGUUGUAACAAAUAUAUCGGUUAAUACGAUGUUGGCAACAAUGAACACUUCACAGAAAAGUAAAACAAAACGUAACAUGCAAAAAAAAAAAAAAAAUUUCCACAACGUUAACGUCAUGAAUAAACUACCCGCCGAAGUUAGUAUUCCAAAUGAGAAGACGCUUACCGAUAAUUAUUAUGCAAGCGUUAUGAAUCCGAUAUUCCAGUGUCCCCCUCAAGUCAAAAUCAAGAAAAAAGUUAAAAAGGAAAGAAGAGUCUUGAUUGUAAAGGAAAAUGCCUGUCCGUUUAUGAGCCAAAUUCAUAAUCUUAUGAUAUCUGUUCUUAAACAAACAGAACGCUCAAAUACAUGGUUUACAUUAACUGGUAAUAGGAAUGAAUCAGCUCCUAAAAAAAUUUUCUUUGUCGUUAUACCUUAUUUAUCUCAUCAAACACUGGUCGAGAAUGUUAAUAAAAUAAAUACACCUUUUCUAGCAACGCAUCAGAAUGCCAUCCGCUGUUCGAAAUCACCUAUUAUAAAGACAGAUAGUACCACGUGCUUUAUACUGAGCUCGGUUCUUUUAGCUGACCAAAGUUCAAAGAAUAUACCUCCUUUUGCUACCACAACGACCCAAAAUAACACGACUGACUUUUACAAAACGAAACAAUAUGGUUUGGAAAAUUUAUUAAUAUCACUAGAUCAAUUUCCUACUUUUUCUUAUCCUAUAAAAUAUGAGAAUUGGAGAAAGAAAUUUAAAAUAGAAAAAUCCCAAUUAAAAUCAAUACAAUUGAAAGAUAUAACAAUAACACGUUUCACAUUUGAACAAUGUGAAAUGCUCGAAAAAGAUCCAAAUUUGAGACAUUUGAUAGCCAUUGAUUGUGAAAUGUGUCUUACGAAAAACGGAAGAGAAGUUGUAAGAAUUUCCGCUGUUACACCCCACGUAGUUCGGCAUACUUCAAUUAAUUCGGCAACGCAAGAAAAAAAAAUAACUCUUCAAAUGAAAUUCCAAGUGAUUUUAGACACCUUCGUGAAACCUUCAACACCUGUCUUAAAUUAUCUCAGUCAAUAUAGUGGUGUUUAUGAAGACGAUUUGACCGGCGUCACUGUCACGUUGAAUCAAGUUCAAAAGUUUUUACAUAACAUUAUUACUUCAAAGUCCAUUCUUGUUGGACAUUCCUUAGAGAAUGAUUUGAGGUGUUUACAAAUAUUUCAUCCCCGUGUUAUCGAUACAUCUAUCGCGUAUGCUCAUCCAACUCCUGGUAUUCGGCACUCGCUCAAAUCUUUGGCGUACAUGUAUCUCAAUAAGCUGAUUAUUCACGGAAAAUUCUCAGCGUUAGACGGUCACGAUUCAGUGGAAGAUGCCGCUGUAGCUUUAGAAUUAGCAUUGCUUAAGAGUUUACCUGGCGAUUUGACAAACCGCACACCAAAUGACAUAUGUCCUUUGUCUUUAUGUGUCAAAACUCCUGUAUAUCUUUAUGAUUCUAUGAUUCACGAUUUUUCUAAACACCCGCUACUUUCUUCAUCAUAUAAAUUCGAAAUUCCCAAAAUAAAACCAAAGACGGAUUUUGGUGUUCUUCAAACAUUUCUCGAAACGUUUAAGGAAUUAAAAAAUAAAAAAAAAGAAACACAAAAACCAUUUCCUCAAUUGCAUUUAUGUUUUCUCCGUGAUUAUCAGACGAAGUUGCAUACAAUCAUUGGUGGUAUACCACAAGAAUAUCGCGCCCAUGAUGUUUAUAAUAUAAGUAAACGUAUAUCUAUGCUUAUUUCGACAUGUCUAGCUGAUUUACAAAGUCAAAAGGCAAUGAAAAUGUCAGAUGAUUGUUUGCGAAAAAAUGCCGGGGCUAGUGAUAUAACGUUAAAUUGGCUAGCACCAUUUAUGAAUCAAACUACCUCGCAAACAAAUUCCCUCGUGAGUGAAAUUUCACCAGAACAAAAAUCUGAUACGGAGGAUCCGCUCGGUACUCAAUGGUGUCAUAACUUAUUAAAAAAACGGCCCAUAAUAAACAAUGAUGUAUUGUUCCCUCCCAUGAACACCACCGAUGUACAAAAUUAUUUCUCAACUUUAGACAAAUAUUUAUUUAUUUUAAAUUCACAUCUUUCGGAGGGAGACUUAAUGAUUGUUUCUUCAGUAUGCGGCAAUCCUAUUCCUUAUAUGGCCUUAUCACAAUUACAAAAUAUAAUUUCCGGUCUUUCGUUAAAAAAGAAACUAGAUUUAAAAGCUUAUAUUGAUCCUUCUCUUAUUUCUUUAUGUAAAGCUUCUGAAGAAACGGCGAUGAAACAACCAGUAACCUUAUGUAUCUUAAAAUAAA